UCUAAAGCGGAAGCGCUUUCUCUGAAAUUGUUGACAUGCUGCCAAAAGUCAAACCUCACUGCUGUGUUCUGCUUAAUAUCAGAGUUACAGCCAAUUCGUGGUGGUAUUAUCUGUGAAUUUGACCCGACUAACUUGCAAAUAAAUUAGCUAAUAAGUUAGCAAAUUAAUCUGCUAACAGAUUAGCUAACUAGCUAGCUUACCUGCAUUUUUCUUCAUUCAGCAGCGAUGACACUGAUUCUGAACAAAGACUCAGCAGUUCUUCAGGGGGCUUUCCUCCAGGCUGAUAAGCUGUGUCAUCCCUCAUCCCUAUCCUGUAUACAUAAAUCUGACUGGAGCCGGGUGGAAAGCCCGAUCCUGCAGGCGUUGAGAGAAAUCUCUGGACAAGAUGAAGGCGGUGGUUAUUCCAACCUGAAAGCUCCGACCUGGAAGAAAAAGAUUGUUUGUGCUGUGUGGUUGAAGCUGCUGUGUUCAGAGGCUGAGGAAGACGUUGAGGCAUCAUGGAGGGAGAACCCUUUCUUCUCUCUGCAGAACAGCCUCCCUGACGUUAACCAUGUUGUCCUGCUGGAGCUGGUGAAGUCAGCAGCUGCUGUGCAUUAUUUCACCAGCUUCCUAUUGCAUCUUCCUCGGCCUUGGAUGUGCACAGAGCUGGAAAGGUUGGUUGAACACGUGAGGAGCAACCCCACAAGAGAGGACGAUGUCUGUUUUUUCCUGGAGGUGUGGUGGGAACUGUGGAAAGGCCAAGAUGGAUUUAACACAAAAGAAGACAACAGCAUAGAGCUUAUGUUUGCAGACCAGUUUGCUCGUCUUUCCUCAAAGUCUUCCAGCAUGUCCCCUCAGGCUGCCAAGAGGUUAAAACUGGACUCACCAGAUUUAACAAACACUGAUGUUCUUUAUAUUCUCUUUAAUGCACUUAAAGACAUUUCAGGUCACUUAACUUCACCAGAGCUUUGCUUCAAAGCCUUGUGCAUUUCCCUAGAUGCUCUCCACACUUCCUUCCUGAUAGACCAAGAAGUGGUUCUUCCAGCCAAAGAGAAGUUGAACAUCCUCUGCAAAGUCAUCAGCGCCAGAGGAAAAAAUGAGAAACUCAGCCCUACGGUUAUUCAAGAAGCUCAAAGAGACUUGCAUGCUUCUCUCUCUCCAUCUCAGUUUCGAGCCAGCAGAAUAAAACUGACUGAAGCUUUGCAGAUUAUCACGGAACUGGUAAAGUUUUGUGAAGAUGGAGGUCUCCUAAAAGUCAACGAUGGCUUGAAUCCUGCUUCGUUCCAGCUGGAGCAAAGUGUCCAAAGAGUCCUGACUCGACUAAAUGAAGCAGAAAGUCCUGAAGCUGUGGCUGCAAAGGAAGCACUUAGAGGUUUGCUGACGUCUCUGAGUCUUCCUGAUAUGGAGAGCAGUCCAGAAACAGGUUUACAGGUCACCAGCACCAUCAUCAGUCACCGCUUGGAAGAGCAUGAAGACUUUGCAGCGCUAUUCGCCAGCGAGACGUCGUGGGCGCUCUGUGAUGAGCGAUGGAUGAGCUGCCUGGAGAAGAACCCAGCAGCUUUUCAGCAGCACAACACACUCAUCAGCCUCUCCUCCACCCUCAUGAGUAAACUACAAAGGGAGAGCUCAGACAUCAGCCGGUGCAGGAAACUGAUGAAGAUCAUUGCAGAUGUUUUUUCUGGACUCUCAUUAGAAGACAAGAACAAAUCUCUGGCUGCCAUGUUGAGAUUAUCCAGCAGUGGCUUCUUUAGCCACUCCACCCCCUCUGCUGUGGCCGACGGGUUUGAACAGGAGCUCAACAUGGCCUUCAACUGCAUGAUCCAAGGAGGAGGUGGAGCGUCGGCAUCACAAGGCAACCUGACCACGGCGGUCUCUUUGGUUGCAAGGGUGGCCUUUCAGAACCCAGAAGCAACUUUAAGGUCCUGCUGCCAUUCAGCUGUUUUUAAUAGAGGAGCUUUCUCUCUGAUGGCGAAGAUCCUGCAGCAGCUGCCUGGACUCCGAAGUCAGAGAGGAGGAAAAGGUGGAGAUGAAGGGGGAGAUACUGGGAGUGGUAGCAGUCUGCUCUGCAGGUGUUUACAAGGGAUAAUUGGGAACAAAUCGCUGUCCGCUGGUGAAAGACAGCAGCUCCUGAAGUUUCUGGGUCUGCUGAUGGCGCCAGAUGUGGUGAAUGAGGAAGAAAAGAAGAUUCAAAGCUUUCUCACACCUCAGGAGGUUGUGAACACAUUUGUCCUGCCUAACCUGUCAGCUGCAGGUCGCUCCACCAUCGAUGGAGAGCUCAGUCUGCAGCUUCUCCAUGCUGCCUUGUCUGUGGACGUCCAGGAAGCAGCUCCUUCUCCUCACUGGGUGCUGGACUGCUCUCCUUUCCCCCUCCUCUACGUCCUGGCCCAGCUUCACCACCAGACUCUCAGGUGUUGGGAACAGCCACCAGAGGGCACCUACCUCUGUUCCAUGGACACCAAAGAGCUUCUGGUGUCUGUGCUGACCAAACUUGGGCAGGUGGUGGGUGCAGAGGUGGCACUGGCCCCCAGCAGCUGGUCCAGACCUUUAUUCUGGCUCUAUAAUAAGAUGGAGGGGUUGGACUGGACCGUUCGGUUCCACCUGAAGCCUGUGUGGGGGCAACACUUUAAAAACGAGGUGCCAGCGUCUCUGCUGGCUGUGUGCGAGUUACCUGAACAGGAGUGGUCGGGUCUGGACCUGCCUCAGUACGGCCAGGGAACGGGUCUUUUAGCCUGGAUGGAGUGCUGCUCCAUAUCGGACUCCCUGCAGUCCAUCAUGUUAUCCCACCUCUCUCUGGACCAGAACAAGACAGACCACAUGAGCAUGUUCAGCAAAGGCCUGCUGGUGGCGCUGACCCAGACACUACCCUGGUGCUCCGUCUCCCAGUGGACCAGACUCUUGAAAGUCCUGAAGGAGCUGAUCACUUCCAACCGCCUCAACGUCCCCUUUUCUCUGGAGUACGUGGACUAUCUUCCUCUCCUGGACCUGAGGCAGUUUUCCUAUGAGCUCCGCCUGUCGGUUCUCCUGCUCCGAGUCUUCCAGCUGCUCUGCGGUUCCAGCUGUUCUGAUUGGCUGUCAGCCAGCGGCUGGGCCCACGUCAGCAGGCUGUACGCACACGCUGUAAGGGAAAUGAUAAACUCGGUAAAAGCCAAGCUGGCUUGCCCUUCACCUGCAGCACUAACCACCUCUGCUCCAAAAGCUCCCCCAUCCAGAUGCUUAAAUCCCUCUCCCAUAUCAGUAAGAGCUCCUAAAAUGUAUGAAGACCCUCUGAAAGAGUCCCAGAUGGAGGAGGAGGUGGAUACAGCUCCCAGCCAGGAGGUUCUUUUUGUUCUCAGCCAGUUCUUCUGCCACGUUCAGCACAUCCAGGUGAUGAUGCCGGGAGGCCAGUGUGAGCCUCUGUUCCUGUGCAGCCUGGAGAUCCUGAGUCACUACGAGGCCAUCAUGGCUGCUUUCCCAGACAGCUGCAGCUCUCUGGAAAGCGACAACACCCGCCAUUUCUUCUCCACCAUCACAGACAACCUGGAGAACCAGGAGAUGAAGGCCGUGCUGCAGCAGAAGAUCGCUCAGCUUGUGUCGACUGCAGCAUGAGACAUGCGUUUCCCAAUAAAGACUUGAUGUUUGUGAGCGUUCCUCUGGAUUCUUCACUCAUCUGCUGGUAAAACUAGGACAGAAGCCGAGUUUUCGCUCACACUUCACUCUGCUUCUUUAAUAAGAUUCAGCUUUCUAAUCUCAGUGAAUAAAUUCUGAUAUUUUUCAGCAAAUGUGUCAUUUUGUUUAAUUUAUGUUCACUUCCAACAACAUGUUUACAAAAUUUGUAAAUUAUAUGUUAUUACCUGCACGUGUUGGCACUGUUUAUCCACGCAUAUAAAAUUUAAAUUUAGAAAUU